UUCACCCGCCUCCCUCCUCCCGUCCCGACCCCGCCUCCCUCCCUGCCGCCGCCGCCUGCCGCGGCCAGGCGGCCUCCUCUCCUCCGCUGGCCCCUCGGUCAAUCCGCCAGGCGUCCUAGUCCCCUUCCCCUUCCUUCCCUCCCGCGUGAAGCCGCCUCCCUCGACAGCUCGCUCUCUCUCGACAGUCGCCGGCGACGGCCUGGCGUACUCCCCGGGCCCGGGUCUCCACUCUGAAGUGGCGACGCCGGGGGCACACUGAGCCGCGCCACUGUCCGCCAUCAACGACUGGCACUCCCUCGUCUCGACCCCUUCCUCGCCGCCGAUCAAGAUCGACCUAAGCCCUUGGCUACAAAGUUCCCUUUCUGCAGACCACUGCUUGCUGUUGAGGUAAAAAUGCUGAAGAACAUUUUGAGCCAGUCAUGGAGGAAAGGUGCACAUGUACUGCAGGAAGGAAAUCCAGCACCAGCACUAUAUACAUGCUGGAGUCGAUUUCACAGUGGACAGAUCUUAAGCUCUUCCAGGAGCUUCUUUGGCGUGGAGGACUUUGUGGAUGAAGACAACAGUAGACCCUACACAUACAAGAAGGAAAAGAGAUCGAAGAACCCGCACAAGCACAUUUCUUUCAAGCAGCGCACAAUCGCAUACAUGGAGCCCUUCACGCUCGACGUCUUCAUCUCCAAGCGCUUCGUCUCGGCGUCCCUCACGCACCGUUCGACGUGCAGGCAGGUCGCGGUCGCGGGGACCAAUUCGAAGGACAUCAAGGCUGCGCUCAAGUCGAGGUCCGACAUACCGGCCUGCCUGGCCGUGGGCCGUUUCCUGGCGGAGAGGGCGAAGGAGGCCGACGUCUACACCUGCACCUACACGCCGAGGGAGCGGGACAGGUUCGAGGGGAAGAUCAGGGCCGUCGUCCAGUCGCUGAUCGAUAACGGGAUCAAUGUGAAACUCUACCUUGACUAAGCUUUUUGCUGUACGGAACUAUGCUGGAUUACUCUUCCGGUACUUGCAAAAUGAGCAGCCUGUCGCAUGGUGUCCUGCUAUCAUGGCCGCGUUUUUACUGUGUUCUGGUA